AUGGCUCCGUGGCCUUCCAGGAACAACAGUUCUCUGUCUUUGUGGCCAGACUCCCCUACCCUAGAUCCCAAUACCGCUGGCACCGGUGGGCUGCUGUGGACGUUGGCACUGGCUGGCGCGCUACUGCUGCCACUGGCUACUGUGGCAGGAAACCUACUGGUCAUCGUGGCCAUCGCUCGCACUCCACGACUCCAGACCAUCACCAACGUGUUCGUGACCUCGCUGGCUGCAGCCGACUUGGUGGUUGGCCUCUUGGUUGUGCCGCUGGGGGCGACUUUGGCACUGACUGGCCACUGGCCCUUAGGCGCGACUAGUUGCGAGCUGUGGACGUCGGUGGACGUGCUGUGCGUCACAGCUAGUAUCGAGACGCUGUGCGCCCUGGCCGUGGACCGCUACCUGGCUGUGACCAACCCUCUGCGAUACGGCACGCUGGUCACCAAGCGCCGCGCCCGGGCGGCAGUGGUCCUCGUCUGGGUGGUGUCCGCCGCCGUGUCCUUCGCGCCCAUCAUGAGCCAGUGGUGGCGCGUCGGGGCGGACGCGGAGGCGCAGCAAUGCCACUCCAACCCCCGCUGCUGUUCCUUCUCCUCCAACAUGCCCUACGCGCUGCUCUCCUCCUUCGUCUCCUUCUACCUUCCUCUCCUGGUGAUGCUCUUCGUCUACGCGCGGGUUUUCGUCGUGGCCAAGCGCCAGCUGCGCUUGCUGCGCCGCGAGCUGGGCCGCUUCCCUCCCGAGGAGGGUCCUCCGGCGGUGACCGGGGCGCGCGCUGCCCACGAUCCGGAGCCGCGCGGCGGGCGGCCCGCGCGCCUGCUGCCGCUCCGGGAGCACUGCGCGCUGCGCACGCUCGGGCUCAUGGUGGGCGUCUUCUCGCUCUGCUGGCUGCCCUUCUUCCUGGCUAACGUGCUGCGCGCCCUCCGCGGCCCCUCUCUAGUUCCCAAUCGGGUUUUCCUCGCCCUGAACUGGCUGGGCUAUGCCAACUCCUCCUUCAACCCGCUCAUCUACUGCCGAAGCCCGGACUUUCGCAGCGCCUUCCGCCGCCUUCUGUGCGGCUUUGGCGGCUGCUGGACCGACGAGAGCCGCGCCACGGCCUCCCAAGCAGCUCGAAACCCCUGCCGCCUCGCAGCUGCUCCAGCCAGCCCCGCGGGGUCCCAGCAGCGCCCACCGCUCAGCAGGGCUUCGGGGAAGUUUCUUAGGCCGGAUGGACAAGAAACACUACACAGCUGCAGAACUUGUGUCAAGUCCCUGAUCUCUGUGCAGAACGAGCCUCGGGGAGGACCCGGCUGA